AGGUGGAUCGGCCUAUCGUAUCGGACACGAUUAAACGAGUGAAACGGUAAAUACAAAAAUAGAUAUAUUUCCAGAUAAAAGGAUUUAUAUAUGCUUAGUUAAGAUCUGUAGAGUAUGCAGAAGUGUUUGCUGCAGUGAAGGUCCAGCUAUAUCCACAAUCAAACAGAGUAGCACAGUAUGGUGUUCUUCACCUGCAAUGCUUGUGGUCAGGCUAUCAAGAAAGCACAGGUAGAGAAACAUUAUCAACAAAGAUGUCGCAGUUGUGAAGUGCUAUCAUGCAUGGACUGUGGGAAAGACUUCUAUGGUGAUGAAUACAAGCAGCACAAUCAGUGUAUAUCAGAAGAUCAAAAGUAUGGAGGCAAGGGCUAUCAGGCGCCACAGAACACCAACAGAGGAGAAGCUAAACAAGAACAAUGGCUCCUGCGUGUGAGAGAAGCUGUUGCAGCAGGGAACAUUAGUGGCCACAUCAAAAAUCUGCUGGAUCAGAUUGCUGAAUAUCCCAACAUUCCCAGGAAAAAGGGCAAAUUUGAGAACUUUGUAAGGAACAGUCUGAAGGUCCAUCAUCCAAAGACAAUUGAGCAAGUUUGGAGUGUUUUCAGUGCUGCUACAGCUAAACCAGAUGUUUCCAAAUCAACAGAACCAACUUCAAAUGGAACGGGAGGGAAUGGAGGAACAGAUUCUUUGAAUGGCCAUUGUGAUGGGGAUGACCAAGGUGAACAAAUAAAGAAAGAGGUCUUUGAGGAAGAGGAGGAGGAGGAAAUGAAAGGCAAGCAUAAAAAACCAUCUAAACAUUCUGAAACAAUUGAAAAUGAUCGCAAAGAUAACAUUGAAACAUCCAAGGAUAGGAUGAAGAAGAAGAGCACGACAACAAGAACAUUUGAAAAGUCUGAAAGUAGCGAUGGCAGUCUAACAGUUUCAGUAGAGGCUCAUGAAGCAAAAGCAGUGAAUCGUUCUAAAAAGAAGAAAAGAAAAUCAUCAGAGACUGGAAAUCCAGCAGAUAAGACAAACUGUGAAGGGGAAGAAGUCAAGGCUAAGAAAAAGAAAGUGUCUAAGGUUUCAAAGGACUCUAAACCUAUGGAGAAUGUAGGAAGAACUCUCACUGUUUUAUCGAAAGAGAAAGUUGGUGUGAAGAAGAAUAAGAAGAAGAGAGACUCGAAGCAAGAUACAUCACUAAGUUAUAGUGAUGGAGAAGUGAGUUUCAAGUUGAAGGUACCUGCGACCAAGAAGAAAACAAAAAAGACAAAGCAAGCAAAAACUGAUGAUCUUAGACAUGAAAGUGUGGCCAAUGUAGUGAAUGGAUCAGAUAAAGAAGCCUCUAGAAAGAACAAGAAAAAGAAGGUGAAAGGGAAAAUUAAGAAAAGUACCAAGAAUGAUGCUUCGGUUUUAAGUGAGAGGAAGAGGAAUGCAAAGACAUUUAAAAAGAGUAAGGAGCAAGUAGAAACAGAACCAAAGAAGAAAGGAUCUAAGAAAUAUAAUUGUUCCGAAAAGUCUGAAAAGAAGAAGAAGGAAAAGAAGCUGAAAAAGAAAGGAAGUGAUGAAACUGAUACAGUUGUUACGAACAAGCAAAUGAAAUUAGAUGUCAUUGGAGAAAUGAAGAAAUCAACAAGUAAAGAGAAAAAGAAGAGAAAAUCUGCUGGUAUCGAGAAAUUAAAGUCUUCUUUAAGCAGUGAUGAAUCAAACCCACUUGCUAAUGACAAUCCAGUUAAGGGAGACAAAAGGAUAUCAAAGAAAAAUAAUAAAUCGCAUAAGCAGCUGUUAAUAUCUAUCAAAGUGAAAAACACAGGAUCUAGUCAGGAUAGUAAUGGAGUUUUAGUCAAACACAUUGUGAAGAAAAGCAAAAAGAAGAAGAAACUGCCAAACAAAGAAAUAACAUCAUGCGAACUUGACAGUACCGGUAGUCAUAAAAAGAAGAAGAAAAAGUCUAAAGUGACGCAUAAUAUAAAGAAUGCGGCAUCUGAUCAAGGUUACAACUCCGACAGUGCUAACACAAAUGAUUUGGUAAAAGAGAAGGACAAAAAGAAAAGAGUGAUGCCACCUGACAAAUCGAAAGGAGUCAAAGUAGCAGUAACAAACUCUUCAGGAUUCGUCUUUCCGUGCACUGCUGGUAGCAGUAUCACAGGCUUUGAGCUGAUUGGAAAUCAAAUUGUUGUACAUAGAAUGCCUGAGAAUGUUUUUCCUAGUGGUCCUGAGGUAUCCGAGGAGUCUUCAAUUGAGCCACCGCCUCAGAAAGCAACAAAGACUUCCUCAGACUCCAAGCCAAAGAAGCUGAAAAAGAAGCGAGAUGGCCCUGAUGCUCUAGGACAAAUGAAAGAGACUGACAGAUGUGAGAGCGCAGGGAAGAAGAAGAAAAAACGUAAGCAUGGGGAGAUUGCUGUCCAACCUUGUGAUCAAGAUGGAACGUCUUCUGCAGAGCCAUCAGCAAAGAAAACCAAGAAGGAGAAAGACAAAGGAAAGAAAGCGACAGAGAAAUCAAAGAAGACCUCUGCAGUGGUAAUUUCAAUCCCAUCUUCCACAGAACUCAAAGGCAAGAAAAAGAAGAAGGAGAAGGAAAAGAAGGAGGAGCUGAUGAGUGAACAUGGCGAUAAAGUGACAACAGAUUCGAAGAAGAAAAAGAGUAAGAAACACAAACACAAGGACAGUGAGCUCAUUGAUUUAAAUGGAAAUACCUUGUCAGAGAGUUCACCAAAGAUAUCGACGAUUUUGACGGAAUCUUCGCCAAAGAAAUCUAAGAAGAAAAAGAGUAAGAGCAAGGGGGAAGAUACAUCAACUGAAAUUAUCAAGAACUCAAAGACAGCUAAUAAGACCAAAUCCAAGGAGAAAGAAAAUACAAUGAGCAGUGACAUCAAUUUAGAAAAUGGUUUAACUGCCUUGCCAAUUGUUCAUUGUGAUGAAGCUGCCAAAAAGAAAAAGAAGAAAAGGAAGAACAAAGACAUUGAUUCUAUUUGUAUUUCAAGCAAACAGGAUGAAGGGACUAUUGAUGAGUCAAAGAAGAAAAAGAAAAAGAGCAUUAGCAGUGGUGAAGAAACAUCAAGUGAAAUGAUCAAGAACUCAAAGACAGCUAAUAAGACCAAAUCCAAGGAGAAAGAAAAUACAAUGAGUGGUGAUAUCAAUUUAGAAAAUGGUUUAACUGCCUUGCCAAGUGUUCAUUAUGAUGAAGUUGCCAAAAAGAAGAAAAGGAAAAGGAAGAACAAGGACAUUGAUUCGAUAUGUAUUUCAAGCAAACCUGAUGAAGGUAGUGUUGAUGAGUCAAAGAAGAAGACAAAGAAGAAAAAGGUGAAAUGCGAUUCCAAUUCAGAACAUGAAAGUUCAGUAAAGACUGGUACAGAGUCAGAGAUCGGAAAGGAUAAUGUGAAUGCUACAGGAUCAGAAAAUGGUAGGUCAAAAAAGGUUAAGAAAUCAGAGAAUGCAAUGUCUUUCAGCACCAUAUUACCUGAGGAAGAAUCUGUCCAGAACAAAACCAAAACAAAAUCUGAGAAAUCACCUAAGAAGAAAAAAACGCAUAAAAAGAGCAAGGAAUCUACUGAUGUAUCUGCUGAAGUAAAAGCAGAGAAAAAAAAGGUUAAAAAGUAAAAAAAGAUGAAAGAAAGGUAGAAAAGUGAGCAGGAUGUAGGGAAGAAUUAGGAAUUUCUAUGACUAUAAUCAGGGGCCUGAAACACAAAGGUUAGCAAUGAUCGUAGUAGACCAAGAGCUUUGGUCUCUGUUAUGUUGGUUGUUCUGCUGAACUCCGUUGGCUUCAAUCACCAAAUACAGAGACCGAAGUUCUAGCGCGAUCUGUACAGGGAGUCAAUGGCCAUAUGUUUAUGUGUAUUAAGUUCGGAUAAAACAGGGCAGUGAAGUUGCGCGACAGCCGAGGUAAGUCACUGUUUUUGUUCCUUUUAACUUGAUUUUCCCCGUUUUUUGGCAAUUAAUGCCAAGAGGGAAUAUUUGCAUUUCGGUCACGUUAAUUUUCAAAAGUUUGAUUCAUUAAAGACAAAAAUUGAAGAGCCCCGACGGGGGGAUUUUGCAUUGUAAGUCCCCUAAUGGUGGCUGCACGAUAGCGAGCCGUCUGUGUAUGAGGAGAAAUUACAAAAAUAAAAAAAUGUUUAAAAACUCCUCGAAACAGACAGCUGCCAUCUGUCUAUGAUCGUAGACACAUUUUUCUACAAUUGAUUCCAUUGACUACAAUGUACAAUCAAUCGGGAAAAUCAAGCGUACGAUUAAUUGUUAACCUUUGUGUAACAGGACCCAGAUGGACAUUUUGACAGACGAAAUUUGAAAUAAUGAUUCAAGUUCCGCCCCAAAGAGAAAGUUAUCUGAAAAUAAAAAAGAAAGCUGGAGAAUAUGAUUUGCGAAAGUCGGAACAAAAUUGGGGGAAUAAAAAAAAAGUUGUGAGCAAUAACUUAUUCAUGGUUUGUGUAUCAUGAAGGCUAUUCGUAAAGUUAUAUUAGUAUAAAUUUUGGGUACAUGGUCAGCUACAUAGGUAUAUAUCGUGAUUUAGCACAAAAAAGGGUCACCAGUCACUGUCAUUCAUAAUUUACGAACAGCUUUAUGAAAAAUCUGCCUGGAUUAAUUUCUUUUAAAGUUUCACCAUCCUUUGAAACAAAUCAUUUUACUACUGAGGUGGCAAAAAAAAUACUUGAAAGGAAAAAGUUUAGGAAGAAAAAAGUUCAAAAUAGAGUUGGAGGGUCGAGAAUGAAACUGUCUUCUAUUUUCUUACCAAUUAUCAUUCCAAAUGAGAUUUGUACAAUUUUGUAUCUUGUAUACAUGUAUGUCGGAUUUUAGUUGUAAAUUGAUACUAGUCUACCUUUGUAUAAGGUUCUGGUAUGAAAUGAAAUCUACAUAGUAGGACUGGAAAUAAUCAGCUCUGUGGUUUGUUGUGGCUGCCAAAAAAAAAUCUAAAGAAAUUGAAGAUGCGGUAGUGCCAAUCAUGCUGGCAGAGGCAAUACCCAUUCCUUAAUGAUCUCGGCCAUUGAGGACAAGAUCACUCCAUAAUUUAGUUUGCUCUUCACCCACAACAUUACAGUCAUUCAUUUGCAAAUGAAAUUAUGUGCCAAGUGAUUAUGGUAGAACAUUAGUAAUUGCUCAGAGAUAUUGAGCAGAAUAAACUUGUUAUUUUGUAAACUUUCUCACCCCCCCCCCCCGCCAUAUGUGCUGCAGUGUACGUCUCUGCUUUAUGUUUGUAAUUUUCGGCAACUCUAAUCCUCAUUCAUUGUUCAUUUGUGCACAUUUCGUCGGCGGUCAUUUGAACCGUCGUAUCAGUCAAUUUUAGUC